AUGAACGUCAUUAUUGCCGCCCUCGCGCCCGACCCGCCACCGUCGCCGCUGCUCGACCUCCCCACCGAGCUCAUCGUCCGCAUCCUCGCCCGCCUCCCCUGCCCCGCCUUACUCUCCUGCAGACUCGGCAACCGAUCGCUCCGCACCCUCAUUGACGCCGACACAAGCCUCCAAUACACCAUCGAGCUCUAUGCCGCCGGGGCAGUCGACAACCCCGCGUCGCGCCAUGUCCUGGCUGACCGCCUGCGCAUUUUGAAGGAGCGGGAGAGAGCAUGGCACCGCUUGGAGUUCUCUCGGAUUGCGCAGAUUCAGGUGCCACACAACCCCUCGAGCAUCUACGACCUCACCGGCGGGAUGUUCCUGCUCGGCGAGUCCUACUCGCGAAUGCUGCCGGCUUGGAGGUCUACGGACGCCACGCGAUCCAUCAAUCUGCGCGCGGCGUUGAAGGCCGAUAGCACUGCGGACGUUCUGGACGGCCUGUGGGCACAUAUAGACAUCCACUCGAAGAUCAUGGACGUCGGGAUCGCCGCGCAGGAACAUGACUUGAUCGCAAUCGUGACUUACUCUCACCGCGGGCAAAGCAGCUAA